AUGUUCUGUGAUUCGGAUGUGGCUUUGGCUGUGCCAUACCUCUUCAUGUUAGGGUUAGCCCCAGUUUCUGAGUGCCUAUUGAUGUUCCUGUUUUCAUCCUUUCUCUCUUCAGGUGUCCACAUUUUGCAGAGACUAGAUGGCUGUGAAUGGGAUGAAAACACUGGCGAGGUGACAAGCUUUUUAAAGUUUGGGUAUAACGGAGAAGACUUUCUUGAAUUUAAACUGAAGACACUGAGAUGGAUUGCACUGAAACCAGAGGCUGAUAUUAUCAAACAGACUUGGAAUGCUGACACAACUAUAAAUAAAGACACUGUAAUCUUACUCACUGAGAUUUGUCCAGAGUUGCUGAAGAUGUAUGUGGAGUAUGGGAAAAGCUCACUGCAGAGAACAGUUCUUCCCUCAGUGUCUCUCCUUCAGAAGACUCCUUCCUCUCCAGUCAGUUGCCACGCUACAGGUUUCUACCCUGACAGAGCCAAGAUGUUCUGGAGGAAAGAUGAAGAUGAGAUUCAUGAAGGUGUGGAUUGUGGAGAAAUACUCCCCAACAAUGAUGGAACCUUCCAGAUGACUGUUGAUGUAAAUGUUUCAUCAUUCAUACCCGAAGACUGGAGAAGAUACGACUGUGUGUUUCAGCUGUCUGACGUUAGGGACAAAAUUGUCACCAAAAUGAAUGUAACAGUGAUCAAAACCAACUCGGGGACAAACAAAAUUCUUAAUGAUGGUGAGAAAAAAGAUUUAAUUCAUUUUGUUUGCUGAUACUGAGGAUUGCCUAUAAUGACAUGCAUGUUUGUCACGUUUUGGUUUAGACCUCGAGAAUAGUAGUUGUUUCUGUGAGAAUAAGACAUAAGAGAAGAGGAAUAUUUUUUAUGAAUGGUUUAUAAAAAUGUCAAU